GCACCCACCCAUGCCUGUACGUACGUACUUCUUGUCUCCCUGCAUGCCAUUUUAUUGGACAUGGAGUACUUAAAUUAGUGCAGUCAUUACAUGCAACUCGUUCAUUCAAUUUGCUAAUUGAGGGAAAGAAAAAGCUGGAUCAAGGAAGAGGCUCAGGUGGGCGUGAUGUUGCUACUGCAGUUGCUGCAGCUGGUGUUGUUGCUGAGUUUAUGUGAGUUGUCAUCGUCAUCCUAUGUUGAUCAUCAGCACCAGCAAAAUGGGAGGAAGUCUGUGCAACCAAUUACUGAAGCGAUUUCCUCACUGCUGCUCAACCGAGAUAAUAAAUCCUCCAUUGUGUUCCCCAUUGACGGGAACGUGUAUCCUACCGGGUUCUACAACGUUACCCUCCACAUAGGCGAGCCAUCAAAGCCAUAUUUUCUUGAUCCCGAUACAGGUAGUGACCUCACAUGGCUCCAGUGCGAGCCCUGUUUAGCAUGCACCGAGGCUCCUCAUCCACCUUACACGCACAAUAACGAUUACGUGGUACCCUCUGAGGACCCUCUUUGUAAAUCCUUGCAACCACCCUGUGACUACAAAUGCAAAACCCCAUCUCGAUGUGACUACGAAAUAAAGUAUGCAGAUGGCCUUUCCUCCCGUGGUUUCCUUGUCAAGGACCUUUUUUCCCUCAACUUCACAGGUGGAAAAAGACCCAAACCUCUUCUAGCCCUUGGCUGUGGUUAUGACCAAACUCCUGGACCUGGUCCUUAUCAUCAUCAUCCCUCUGACGGAAUGCUCGGCCUUGGCAAAGGAAAGUCCAGCAUUUUAUCGCAGCUUAGUGAGCAGGGUUAUGUGCGAAAUGUCGUUGGACAUUGUUUCAAAGGUCAAGGCGGAGGAUAUCUCUUCUUUGGGGAUGACCUUUAUAAUCAUUCACGUCUGUCUUGGACACGAAUGUCACCUAAACAUCCCGAACAUUACUCACCUGGGGAUGCAGAACUGAUAUUUGGAGGGAAGACUACAGGAAUUAAAAAACUACGCACGAUUUUUGAUAGUGGUACCUCCUACACCUACCUGGAUUCUCAUGCUUACGGAACUCUGACUGAUUUGGUGAAGAAAGAAGCAAGUGAGAAGGAAUUAACAGUAGCAGAGAAUGACCAGGCUCUCCCACUCUGCUGGGAGGGUCCAUUCGAAAGCCUACAAGAGGCGAGCAAAUACUUCAAGCCCAUAGCAUUGAGCUUCAACAGUACUGAUGGGAAAGAUAGAAUUGAGUAUGAAGUCCCCCCGGAUGCUUAUCUCAUACUCUCAGAUUUCAAAAAUGUUUGCAUGGGUGUUCUAAAUGGAACAGAAGAAGGGGCGACUUUUAACAUCAUUGGAGACAUAUCGAUGCAAGGAAAGAUGGUAAUCUUUGACAACGAUAAUCAAUUGAUUGGGUGGCACUCUGACAAAUGUGAUCCAUUUCCAAAAUCUAAAGCCGUUAGCAUUUGAUGAUAAUAAUUAUUAUUCGUUUUCUCAUCAUACUUUGUCUAUUCAUCUCGAGUAUCAUUAUGAUUUCGUUACCUAUCUAUUUGUAAAUGUAAAAUGCAGGUUACCCCUUGGAGUAUACUGC